UCGGAAACUUAGCAAAGCUGUCAAUGUAACAGCUAUUUUUUCAAAUAAAUUGGAUAGUAUUGAUGAACUUGUUGUGUUUCCUAUACCUUAUUUUUAAGAUCAGUUAAUUAUUAGCAUUUACAAUAUAAAAAGAUAAGCUUUAUUGUAAAAUAUUUUUUUGCUGAGUUGGCUUGCGGGCCGCGCCGUCAGUCUGCCGUAACGUGGCGGCGCUACGCUCGUGUGUGUGCCGCAGGAGUGGCUUUGAUCUGUCAUUGUUCAUGUAGUUUUCUGUGAUAAGAAUUUUUACUGUGAAAUUAUAGUUAAGAGAAUUAAUUUACAAACUCAUAAUGUCUGCUUCUGGCGAAUUUGGUAACCCAUUACGUAAAUUCAAGCUCGUUUUCCUUGGAGAACAGAGCGUUGGAAAGACUUCACUCAUCACUAGAUUCAUGUAUGAUAGUUUUGACAACACUUAUCAGGCAACAAUCGGCAUUGACUUCCUGUCGAAGACCAUGUACCUGGAAGACCGCACGGUGCGCCUGCAGCUGUGGGACACGGCCGGUCAGGAGAGGUUCCGCUCUCUGAUCCCCUCCUACAUACGAGACUCUACUGUCGCUGUUGUAGUCUACGACAUUACCAAUGCAAACUCGUUCCACCAGACGUCGAAGUGGAUCGACGACGUGCGCACGGAGCGCGGCUCGGACGUGAUCAUCAUGCUGGUGGGCAACAAGACUGACCUCUCGGACAAGCGGCAGGUGUCCACCGAGGACGGCGACCGGAAGGCGAAGGAGCUCAACGUGAUGUUCAUAGAGACCAGCGCCAAGGCUGGAUACAACGUUAAACAGUUGUUCCGGCGAGUGGCCGCUGCGCUGCCCGGUAUGGAUUCUGCUGAGAGCAAGCCACCCGAAGACAUGCACGAGGUGAUUCUGCGACAAGCGCCAGGAGACAACAAGGAACCAGACUCGAGCUGCGCCUGCUAAUAUACCAUUCCCCCACCACACAUCCAGCCCCCACUCCCGCCUUUAUCACCUCACAUUUUACACGCCGUCGAUUUUUGCAAGCUUUUGGUUGAAGCAUCGUUGAAGAUUCCGCCUCUUCUGUUCUUUUCUGCAUGAGCAUAUCAAGUCUACCUCCAACGUGAAACUCAGUGGAUUGCCUCUCCA